CUUCUUCUUGUAUCACCAAAGUCCGAGACCCAAAUUUCCAUCUAAACCAAAAUGGCUGCUUCUUCACAAAUGAUUGCUUCAAAGCAUUCAUCUUGUCUCAACAAUGAAAUUCAAAAUCUUAGACCUGCUACUUCUCCUUCCAAACUUUUCAUUGGUCCUAAAAAUGUAAACUUUAUCAAGAAUAACAAUCACCAUCAUCAACAUCGUGUUCUUCGCGUUUCCGCAAGACGACAGGAACUCGAGGUUGUUCCUGUCUCCCCUGAAGACAUACCAAAGAUAGCAGAACAGAAUUAUCAAUUUGCAGAUGUUCUACAAGAGGGUGAUACAGCGGUAGGCAUGUGGUCCAGACCGUUGGUUAAGCGCAAAACAAAAAUAGUAUGUACCAUUGGUCCAUCCACAGACACCAAGGAAAUGAUAUGGAAGCUGGCUGAGGCUGGGAUGAAUGUAGCCCGACUAAAUAUGUCCCAUGGAGACCAUGCAUCUCAUCAAAAAGUUAUUGACCUUGUUAAGGAAUACAAUGCUCAAUCUAAGGAUAAUGUUAUUGCAAUUAUGCUCGACACAAAAGGACCUGAAGUCAGGAGCGGGGACUUGCCACAGCCAGUUAACCUAGAAAGUGGGCAAGAAUUUACGUUUACAAUAAAAAGGGGGGUUGGCACAGCAGACUGUGUUAGUGUGAACUAUGAUGAUUUUGUGCAUGAUGUCGAAGUGGGUGAUAUGCUUCUUGUUGAUGGUGGUAUGAUGUCCUUUUUGGUGAAGUCCAAAACUGAAGAUUCGGUAAAAUGUGAAGUUGUGGAUGGUGGAGAACUCAAAUCUAGACGUCACUUGAAUGUUCGAGGAAAAAGUGCAACUUUGCCGUCUAUUACUGAAAAGGAUUGGGAUGAUAUCAAAUUUGGAGUGGACAAUAAAGUUGAUUUCUAUGCAGUCUCCUUUGUGAAAGAUGCAGAGGUUAUUCACGAGUUAAAAAAUUAUCUCAAAAGCUGUGGUGUAGAUAUCCAAGUUAUUCCAAAAAUUGAAAGUGCAGACUCUAUACCGAACUUGCAGUCAAUCAUAACAGCAUCCGAUGGGGCAAUGGUUGCAAGAGGAGAUCUUGGUGCAGAGCUGCCUAUCGAAGAGGUUCCACUAUUGCAGGAAGAGAUAAUCAGGACAUGCCGGAGCAUGGGAAAAGCUGUAAUAGUUGCAACAAAUAUGCUUGAAAGCAUGAUCGUUCAUCCUACACCAACUAGAGCGGAGGUGUCUGACAUUGCUAUUGCUGUUAGAGAAGGUGCUGAUGCAGUUAUGCUUUCUGGAGAAACUGCUCAUGGAAAGUUUCCUUUAAAAGCUGUUAAAGUGAUGCAUACAGUUUCAUUGCGAACUGAAGCGAGCAUAAUGGGUGGUGUUACACCCUCUAAUCUUGGUCAAGCCUUUAAGAACCAUAUGAGUGAAAUGUUUGCAUUCCAUGCCACAUCAAUGUCCAAUACUCUUGGAACCUCCAUUGUAGUCUUCACUAGAUCUGGUUUCAUGGCCAUUUUAUUGAGUCAUUAUAGACCUACUGGCACUAUCUUUGCAUUCACAAACGAAAAAAGGGUACAACAAAAGUUAGCUUUGUAUCAAGGAGUUUGCCCCAUUCACAUGGAGUUCUCUAGUGAUGCUGAGGAGACUUUUGGAAAGGCACUCAGCACAUUAAAGAAUCAAGGGAUGGUAAAAGAAGGUGAACAGGUAGCUCUUGUUCAGAGUGGCAGGCAGCCAAUCUGGCGGUUCCAAUCCACACAUAACAUUCAGGUCAGAAAGGUGUAACCACGGGAUAUUUAGGUGAACAAGAUCUUUGGUUGCUCACAAAGUUAAAGUUUAGUCAUGUGAUUAGCAUGGAAUUUAACUUUUGGGGACUGGCUUGAUUGCUUUUGUCUAGAUGUUCGUUUAUUUGCUUUGUUGUUUGUCUUGUAUUAUGAUAUAAACCCUUAUGUUGAUUAAAAAUGUAACCAAUGUGUAUCAAAUAACACAUUCCUGAUGUUUAA